AUGAAUAAAUUAGCAAUUUACAGUAGUUUUAUCGCUGUUACAGGUUUAGGUCUUUAUUUGGUGAAUAAAAAUAGUAAAAAAGAAGAAAAGAUAAUUGAAAAAGUGUUAUUAGUGAAAAUACUUAAAGAUCUUUAAAAGCAAUAUUACUCUAUAUGGGAGAGAAUGAUAGAAACUGGGAGAUAACUCUGUCAUGUUAAGAAUAACAAAAGUAAUGAAAAUUAAACUGAAAGCCUAAAAGAUUUGAUUGAAUCUAAAUUUUAAAAAGUAAUUGAAAAAAUUGAAUAAAGCGUGUAUGUUAAGCAUUAAGUAUCUCAAGAUGAGGUUGAUUACAACUGUAAAAUUAUUUACAAAGAUGACGAACAAAUUAAUGCAUUGCUAAAUUACAUUAAUUUAGGAUUCGAACAGGCUCUAAAAUUGGAAUUAAACCUACCUGCUAAUAUAGAAUUACCAGAAUUUAUUAAAGAAGAACUAAUCCUGAAAACUCAAUGUUAAAUUUUGAUUAGUAGUGCCUCAAUGUUUAAUAAAAUAAUCCAAUAAUAUGCUUCAUAAAAUGGUGGUGUGAAAGUGACAAAACAUUCAAAUGCAUUUCAAUAAGUGUUGGCAGAAUUGAAAUAGCAUAGUAAAAAAUAAGAAAUAUUAGAUUAAAAUGGAUUUGAUGCAUCGGAUGAACCAAGCUCUAAAUUAUUUUAUGAUGCCAUAAAAGUCUAUUCAGAAAAUAGAUCUUUUAAGUAGAAAUUGGUGAAGUUAAAUGAGAUUUAUGAUGUAAUAAUGAGUGAAAUCCUUGAGAAUGGAUAGCUUUUAGAAAUUGAAAUAGAGAAUAGAUUAAAAUGUUGA